UUAACUUCCGGUUUCACAAUCGUUUGAUUUGUUGUGAAGUAUCCAAUCAAGCAUUUAAGUUUCCUGAUAUUUGAGAUGAACGAAAGUUCUAAAGAAAAAUCGAAACAAACGACGAUGGGAAAUUACUUUACACGUCAAUCUAAAGAUAAAGAAAAAGACAAGAAAGAAAAAAUGGAAGAAGAUAAACCCACAAAUUAUAUUGAUAGGAAAACCAGAUUUAAGAACAGUUCAACCACUGAUGAAUGGUCAUCUGGAUGGUCAACCGGAUGGAGUUCUGGUGACUGGAAAAAGAAAGAUACAGAGGAUUAUCGAAAUGGAUAUCCUGGUAAAAGUGAUAGACUAGAUCAAAAGGAUAACUUGAAGUUUUACAAGAAUGAUUUAAAAUCUUAUCCUGAUGGUGAUUAUAUAGACACAAUUCACAAGAAAUGGUGGGGUAACUACAAGUUACUUGAAAGACAUCAUGGCUAUAUCCAAUGGUUGUUUCCUAUAAGAGAAUCCGGGAUGAAUUUUCAUGCACAGGUGUUACAAAAACAUGAAGCAGACGGAAUAAUAAGUGAUGAAAAGGCCCAUAAAAGAGUUUUAAAGUCUUAUAAGAUGAUGUUAGAUUUUUAUGGUAUGCAAAUCAAAGAUGAACUCACAGGAGAGAUAGGAAGAGCUGAAAAUUGGAAGGAGAGAUUUAGUCAUCUAAACAGGUCAUAUCACAAUUAUUUAAGAAUAACCAGAAUUCUUAAAUGUCUUGGAGAACUUGGAUAUGAACACAUGAAGGUCAGAUUUCUAGAAUUUGUUAUAGAAGAAGCAUUAGAGAAGAAAACAUUGAAAAACUGUUAUGAGAGCUGUAAAGACUAUUGGGUAGAGACAUUACGAGCUGACGAUGAAAGAAAGAGACUUCAAGAUUACAUGAGAAAAGUUGAAGAAGGUUAUGAAUCAGGUGAUGACAAGUAUGGUCACCAUAGUAACAAGGCAGACCACAGCAACAUGUCAAAUUUAGUAUCUACCCAUAAUGAUGUUGAUAUGGACGAUGACUCACAAGAAAUGAAGCAUUAUGCAAAGGAAGCUGAGGAAGGAUCAGAAAAUGUACCAACGCUUGAAAGUCAGAUGUCACUAGAUAAUAUUGUUGAUGAAGGAAAAUCUAAUGUGGACAAUAAAUGUGAUGAAGGUGGUCAAAUCCAUGAUUCAGAUGUAAUGGACACUGAACAGGGACAAAAACAAGAAGAGAAUUCGGGAAAGGAGCAAAAUAAAGAAAUAGGGCAAAAUCCAGAGAAGAAUUCAGAAACAGAAACCAAUAAAGACUUGUCGACGUCACAAGCAAAAAGUAAUGCACAAACAGACAGUCAAGACACACAAUCAUAUAGUUUACAGAAUGUCUAAUGUAUUCAUGUGUAACCUUAAACCUAUUCAAUAGUUGUGAUAUUUUCAUAUGUGUUACAAAAAAAGGGCAAAGCUACAAAAAAUUAUGGAAUUUAAAUAUUUCUAGUAAUUAUAAUUCUGGUUUGUGGAUAGGUGUUAUUAUACUCCCACGCAACAAAGUUGUGUAGGAUAUAAUGUUUUUUUUACCUGUCUGUCAGUCAUGUUCUUGUCACUGCAAAAACCAUGAAACUUUGAAGAUAAUAAGAACAUACUAUGUAGAUGUUCAUAUUGACAGAAAAUUAUGAAUCCAUUUUUUUCUUGGAGUUAUGGCCCUUUGAACUUAAGAAUUUUGGCCUAAAUAUACUUUUAUAACAUCUUGUCAUCAAAACUCCUCUCAAACCACACAACAGAAUUUCAUGUAACUUUCUAGAUAAUAAGGAGAUACUAUGUAGAUGUGCAUAUCGACAGGAAAUUAUAAUUCAUUGUUUUUGCUAGGGGUUAUGCCCCUUUGAACUUAAAAUUUUGCCAUGAUAUACUACAGCAAUGGUUUGUCAGCGCAACUUCUCUGAACCAGUAGAUAUUUAGGACAUAUUAUGUAGAUGUGCAUAUGGACAGAAAAUUAUGAUUCAAUUUUUAUACGGCCGCAAAAAUUUUUUUGCGUCAUAUAAUGCUAUGAUGUCGUCUUUGUUCAAAGACACAUUUGGUUUCCUGACAAUAACUUUAGUUAAAGUGAAUGGAUCUCUAUGAAUUUUUACCAGAAGGUUCAAUACCACAAAAGGAAGGUUUGGAUUGAUUUUGGGGGUGAUGGUACCAACAGUUUAGGAUUUAGGGGCCAAAAACAAGCAUUUUUGUAGUUUUGGGGUUUUAUUCAUUAAAAAAGGGGGGAUUUUCCAGUUUUCAGACAAUAACUCAAAAAAAAUUUCACCAAUUUGCAUGAAACUUUUGUAAAUUGUUCAUAUAUAUUGAUGUGAGCUCUUUCGUUUUUUAUAAAUUUCAGAUUUACCGUUUCCGAGUUUUGGGGUUUUAUUCAUUAAAAAAGGGGGGAUUUUCCAGUUUUCAGACAAUAACUCAAAAACAAUUUCACCAAUUUGCAAGAAACUUUGAUGAAUUGUUUAUUUCUAUCGACAUGUGCUCCCUUUUGAUUUUUAUAAAAUUCAGAAUAUAUAUUUAUGGGGUUUUAUUCAUUACAAAAAGGGGGAUUUUCCAGUUUUCGGACAAUAACUCAAAAAUACUUUGAGCAUUUUUUUGAGACUUUGGUAAAUUGUUUAUAUCUAUUUUUGUAAGCUCCCUUUUGAUUUUUAUAAAUUUUCCAUUUUACAUUUCAGAGUUAUAAGAUUUUAUUUGUUUAUAGUCUGACAACAGAUUUACUAAGUAUUGCGCAAUAGCACAGUGUAUUGCACAACAGCAAGAAAUCUUUCAUAUAACCAAUUUCAAGUUCUUUGACUACAUUUAUUCAGAAACCUAUAAUAUAUCAAAUAUUUAAUUACAAUUCCAAUUCAGACCUGUAUCAAGCUUGAAUAUUGUGUCCAUUUUUGCCCCAACUGUUCAGGGUUGGACCUCUGCGGGCGUAUCCAGCUGCACUCAGCGAAGCAGUUUAUUCUAAUACUGUAUGCAAAUAGUCAGCUAUAUUUGGUGUAUGGAAAUAUUUUAAGAUGUACAUGUCAGUCUGGUCAGGUUUUAUUUGACCUAGACCUCAUUUUCACGGUUCAUUGCUUAUGUUAAGUUUUUGUGUUUUGGUCUGUUUUUCUUAAACUUUAAGCAAUAGGUCAACUAUAUUUGGUGUAUGGAAUGAUUGUAAGGUGUACAUGUCUGUCUGGCAGGUUCAUCUGACCUUGACUUCAUUUUCAUGGUUCAUUGGUCAAUAUAGAAUUUCCAUGGUUUGGUCUGUUUCUUUUAUACUAUAAGCAAUAGGUCAUCUAUAUUCUGUGUAUGGAAUGAUUGUAUUAAAGGUGUACAUGUAUUUCUGGCUUGGUUUAUCUGACCUUGACCUCAUUUUCUUGGAUCAUAAAUGUUAAAUGUGAUACUUGUAGUAAAACUUUAUAUGUAGGACUAUCAACAUAAAAUCAAUGGUCAGUAUAGUAGGCAAGACAUUUCAGUGUGUGCACUCUUGUUGUUAAGGCAUUUUUAGUUUAUAAUGAAAAUAAUGUUAAUAUUAGUAAAUAUAUGGAAUGUCUACAAUACUUUUGUAUUAAAAAUCCAAAGUCAUAUAUAUAUAUAAAUAUAUAUACAAAAUAUUACACAGAAAUAAACUAAUAAAAUGAUGUUUCAAAAUGUUACAGAGGUAGUCCGAAGUUACCCCAAGUAAUGGUAUGAUAUUAUGAAUUUUAAAAGCUAUUGUUUAUGUAAAACAACCAAUUUUUGCAAGCGAUUUACUUUUUUUGCAACUUUCCAUUAUUGUUGGGUUAUUGCUUGAACUAGGUUGAAAUUAAAUUGUUGAUGAAUAUGUAUGGCUGUUGAUUUUUGUAAUAAAAAGAAAGCACUUUA